GGGUGCGGGCCGGCGGCGGCGGCGGCGGCGGCAGCAGCAUCAAAGAGCCCCGAUUCCUGCCGCCCUGGGAGCCAUGCGCUGCUGUCUGUAAUGUCAGCGGAACAGGAUAAGGACCCCAUCGCGCUGAAGAGAUCCCGAGGUGGUGACAGUGGAUUGGAUGGGUUAGGAGGACCAGGAGUUCAGCUUGGAAGCCCCGAUAAGAAAAAACGCAAAGCAAAUACACAGGGAUCAUCAUUUCCUCCUCCAUCUGAAUAUGCUCCACCGCCGAAUCCAAGCUCUGACCACCUUGUAGCUGCAAAUCCAUUUGAUGACAACUAUAAUACUGUGUCUUAUAAACCGCUUCCUUCAGGAAAUCCAUAUUUUAGUAAUCCUGGUUAUCCUGGCUUUGGAGGCUAUAACACUUUCAGAAUGCCACCUCACAUGCUGCCCAGAGUGUCCUCACCAUAUGGUGGUUCUUACUCCCUCAGAAACCAACCACAUCCUCUUCCUCAAAACCCUGUGGGCAUGGGUUUCAGUCGACCCCACUCUUUCAGCUUUGGUCCACAUGAUAACCCAGGUUUUGGGAAUCAGCCCCCUUAUAGUGGUGGUCAGAUAAAUCAAAAUGUCAGUAUGCCUGCUCAGCAUUUCAGGCCAAAUCCUGGGGAGAACUUUGGCCAUUCUGGUCAGAUACCUCACCCUGACGUGCCAUCUAAUUUUGGUCCUGGAAACAAUCCAAAUUUUCCAAAUUCUCAGCUAGAGUCAAACCAUUCUUUUGUUCCUCCACCAAACACGUACAACCAGACAAAAUCAUCAGCACAGAAGCAAGACUUUAAUCAAGGUGCAAGCAAAACAUCCAGCCAGAACACUGCUACUCAUCAGCAUCAUCACAGGACAGAGGACAUUGUGAGUCAAGGUAACAGUGACCUAAAAAAUGUUACUCGAAACAAUGUGGUAAAUCAGGAUAAUAGCCAUUCCAACAGUGCUGAUAACACCAAUUCUGGGCAUUCCAAUGGGACUCAGAGUAAGUCCCGCCAGCCCCGAGGCGCUGCUGAAGGAUGCAACUCUGAAAAGAGCAGCAAAACACCCCUUCAUCCCAGUCGUCAUGGUCACUCGUCCUCUGAACCUGUCUACCCAUGUGGGAUCUGUACCCAUGAAGUCAAUGAUGACCAGGAUGCCAUCCUGUGUGAAGCCUCUUGUCAGAAAUGGUUUCAUCGGAUCUGCACAGGCAUGACGGAGUCAGCGUACGGCCUCCUCACGGCAGAGGCAUCGGCAGUCUGGGGCUGUGAUACUUGCAUGGCUGACAAAGAUGUCCAGUUGAUGCGCACGAGAGAGACUGCAGGACCACCUGCACUGAACACAGAAGGCUGACAGCCUCAGGUGGUGUGGUGGAUGAAAUACGUUUUAUGAAGUUUUGGUUACAAAUUGGGUACUUCACUUUCUGCAGACAAUCAGUUGUGUUUGAUUGCUGUCAUCUUAUUUUUUCCCCUAAUCUCUUUUCAUUCAUAAACUUCCAUCUCAGCUUUUGGAUUCUUAGUUUUAUGUGUGCAAAUGUUUUACAGGAUGGAAUAUUUUUUGUUUCUGAUUAAGCUGUAACUGACAAUUGAUCAGAAGUAGGAUGUGCAUUGACAAUUUUAUUGAAGGAAAAAAAUGUGCCUGUAUGAAUAGCCCUAAUUUGCUAGUAUUAAUGUGUCAACUAACACUAGCAUUUAGCACUCAGUUUUAAUGGUACUAUAUUUGCAAGUACUCAUUACUUUUUUUUUUUCUUGGGUGAAUGUCUGGUGAUGUUCUUGCUAACCUUUCUUUGAAUAUAGUGGAGAUGACAUGGAGGAAUGUGCAGUACUAAUAGUUGUUAUUUUAGGGUAAAUACAGAGAAUUUUGUAUGUGCUUUUUCCUAUUUUUUGAAGUAAAGCAUUAACAUGCUAUUCAGAAAUUGAUGAAUUCAUAAUUAGUAACACAAUGAAACCUGCUAACUCUUACACAUUUCUAUUUCCUUGAAAAGGCAAUAAUCUCUUUUGACUUUUCAGCAAACACUUGCUGAAGGCUCUUGCUGGGUCUUGCAAUAUUUGGAAAUAGUUAUGAAAUAUGACUAAAUUGGAAAAAGAACAGAUCAA